GUUACUUUCGGGUGGUACUACUUGAAUGUAUCUGCCUUCGACCCCUAUGCCCAUGGCUCCCGAGUGGCCACUCUCCGACUCCGACUCGUGGGUGUUAUGCUUGCAUCCUCGGCGUUGCCGCACGCCGUACCUGACAUUCGCUCGUCCUUACUCGUCCUCGCGCCUCUCAUCACCUCAUCCUCACCCAUCUCUGCCAGCCAUUCGCCCUUCCCUGCCUACUCGUUCCCGUCCGCGCCCGCUGUCUGCUGACCCUCCCUGUUCAUAGCUGAGCCCGCGCCCGUGGUCCGCUUGUCGGCUGCACUUCACGCGGGGGCUUUGCCCUGCAUGCUCGCUGAAGCUGAAAUUUCGCCCUCGCCCUCGCUGUGCGUGUCGUGGCUCAAUUGUGUACCCGCUCGGGGCCUGCCUACGUGCGCGAUCGGAGGCCGUGUUCGCUCGCUCGCCCUCCUGCUCUCCAUGUACUCGCUUGCUUACCCGUCCGAUUGCCCCUCCACGCCUGCUCACCUGUCCGCCGGCUCGCCCACCUGCCCGCUUGCUCUGCACGCGUUCGUCGGCCAUGUCUGUGUGCCGGGCAUUCGCCUGGCGCGCUCGCGGUCGGCGUGCGCGUCGCGCUUCAUGUCGCCACGGCGACUGCGCCCUGCGCCUGCCCAUUCUGUCUCUACGACUCCUUCGGCCACUGUGCACCCGCCAUCCGUUCGUCGGCCGUGUCUACGUGCUGGGCAUUUGCUCAGCCGCCUCACGGUCGGCGUGUGCCUCUCGCUGGCCUGCUCGUCCGCCCGCCGCCCAUUCAUCAGCCAUGCCUGCAUGCUUGUGAUCGUGAUGCGUCGGGCUGCACGUCGCCGCGUCCUGUGCCUGCAGUUAGCCCGCUCGCUCGCGUGUGUCUGCACUCACUGUGACGGUGGUCGUCUCCAUCGCUCCGCUCGGUGCACUCCUGUCACUCGUUGUCUGCACCUUACCGCUGCCCUGCUGAUCCGCGCCCUCCGAUGCCAGAGUGAGAAAUGAGCAUGAGGGUCGCGCGCGAGUCUAAGGAAUAAUGAGGACGACUCGGAGGAGGGAUGAAGUACAGU